GACUUGUCCCUCAACCGGCCCCUAUAAAAAGUCUCCUCCUGCUCAAGUUGCUCAGUCUCGUCAUCAACUCCACCAGACCAACAUCAUGAAAUUUGUGGCUCUCGUCCUUCUGCUGGCCGUCGGCUCGCAGGCCGCUUCCCUGCAGGCCGAUGCACCCUCCCAGCUGGCCCAGAUCAGGUCAGCUGUGGACGUGUACAUGACCCAGGCCAAGGAUGGUGCCAUCAAAGCCCUGGACGGGCUCGAUGACACUCCAUACCAGGAACUCAAGGCAACCCUGGCUCAGCGCCUGGAGGACCUGCACGUUCAGAUCAAGACCCUGCAGACCUCUGUCUCCCCCAUGACCGACAGCGUCGUCAGCACCGUCGCCGAUGCCACCGCCGACCUCCGCGCCUCCAUCGCCGCCGACAUCGAAGCCCUGAGAGCCGAGCUGGAGCCCAAGCGCGCCAAGCUGAGGGAGGUCAUCGAGAAGCACUUGGAAGAGUACCGCGUCCAGAUGGAGCCCAUCAUCAAAGAGUACCAGGAGAGGCACAACACUGAGAUGGAUGCUCUGAGAGCCAAGAUGGAGCCCGUCAUGGCCGAGAUGCGCCAGAAGAUCGCCACCAACGUGGAGGAGACCAAGAACGCCCUGAUGCCCAUCGUGGAGUCUGUGCGCACCAAGCUCGUGGAGCGCCUGGAGACCCUGAAGCAGAUGGCCAGUCCCUAUGUGGAUGAGUACAAAGAGCAGCUGAAGCAGGCCUACAGCCAGGCCCAGUCCAUCAAACCCGAGGAGCUCGCUGGCCUGAAGGAGAAGAUCGCACCUCUUGCUGAGGAAAUCAAGGAAAAGUUCACAGCCAUCUUUGGGGUCAUCGCCGAGACCUUCACCAAGCACUAAAUCCUCUGUGUUCCUCUCACUAACCUAAGCUUAUUUCUUAUCGUAGAUCCCUUCCAUCUUUCUCUCCAAUCCUUCUCCCGUCACAAACAGAAAACCUCAGAAAAUGAAGCUAGUGUUUAAGUGAUAAAACAAAGUGGUGGAACUUUCUCUCUCCCGUGCAAACAACUUCACUUCAUGGGCACAUUGUUCAAGGCCGUUCCAGCACCCAGAGACACAUGCAUACCCGACACACACAUGCUUUACUCUUCACAUGUCAACUGCUAACAUUUUGUGUGCGAGUUGUAUGUGAAUUAUCACAAGAGCUUGAAUCUCUGUGUGAUUAUGAAAACCAUGCUCUGGUGAAAUAAAGCUCAAUAAACAUCUGACUGUUUAUACUA